CCUGUCAAAAUCUCGUUGCAGAGCAUGUCAGUUCCUGCUGGAAGUUGCUCUCCGAAGUUAGCGUCUUUGCACCUGGUGGUGGCAUAACUGCAAGCUAACCAUGGCAGGAAAGAGGGCAUUAGUUAUCCUGUCCAAAGGUGCAGAGGAGAUGGAAACUGUAAUUCCGGUGGACAUCAUGCGCAGAGCCGGGAUUGCAGUGACGGUUGCAGGACUGACGGGCAAAGAGCCAGUCCAGUGCAGCAGAAACGUCGUCAUCUGUCCUGAUGCCAGUCUGGAGGAGGCCAGCAAACAGGGCCCUUAUGAUGUGGUGCUUCUGCCAGGAGGAAUGCCAGGGGCUCAGAAUCUGGCCGAGUCUCCUGCUGUGAAGGAGGUGCUGAAGGAUCAAGAUGGCAGAAAAGGCCUGAUUGCAGCCAUCUGUGCAGGUCCCACCGCUCUUCUGGCGCAUGGCAUCGGCUUCGGCAGCACAGUCACUACACAUCCUGCCAUGAAGGAGAAGAUGAUGGCUGGAGACCACUAUAAAUAUUCAGAAGCUCGAGUACAGAAGGAUGGACAUUACAUCACCAGCCGUGGGCCAGGAACCAGUUUCGAGUUCGCCCUGACAAUCGUAGAGGAACUUAUGGGGGCUGAGGUUGCAGCUCAAGUCAAGGCUCCUCUCAUUAUGAAAGACUGAAUGUAGCUGUGCUCACUUACAUCCUGCAAGCAGCACCGCCCGCUAUACAAGCCUGGUACUACCGAGACAGCCUAUCUAAUGGAGCUGGCACAAAGAGUCAAAGUCACUAGUGACAAAUCAUUCUCCCCAGGGGAUAUAAGGAUGUUUCUGUUCUGACAGGUUAUCAUCCUCCUUUGUCUUCCCUAGUUAGCAAUGAAAGGCACCCUGUGUUAUUUAACACUGAAGUACAAUAACGAUAAUCACUGGCUUUCCAAAUGAGAUGAAAUUGAUUUUGUUUCAUUGUAGUUUUUCCACAGAUUGCUUGCCCAUUGUCUGACUGCUUCUAUUGUUUCACUUACCAUUAAAAACCUUAAUGUGACAAA